AUGAACCCACUGCAGCUGGAGGACCCUCCUCGCCACCGGUCCUGGCCGCAGGAUCGAGAGAGCAGCGUGCGCCUCCGGAGCAGCCUCGUCGUUCAGGGCCGGAGCAGCUCAGUGGCACUACACGAUGCAGCUUCGCGAAUGUCUGCGUGCGUUUACUUGGAGAAGCCAGGACUCACUGUGAUGCAGGCAGCGAUGGUGGCGUUCAAUUCCGCUGUUGGCAGCACGGUGGCCAUUCUCGGAUCCUUUCCCAGCCAGUGCGGAUGGCAAGCAUUCGGAGUUAUCAUGCUGACCGUGGCCAUAACAGGAGCGCUACAGCAAAGCGCUCUCAUCUCGACAAGCUGCCAGCUUGGGGCUGUAACCUUCGAUGAGCUCUGCCAGCCACUCCCUGCUUGGUCCAGUAGAAUCACUGUUGCAAGCUUUCUGGUAUAUUUCUGGGGCUGCAUGGGUUUCUAUUGUCAGUUCGUUGAGGUGUUCCUGGCCGACCAAGUUUGUCCCGCAUUGUGUGGGAGCGGGAGCGACUGGCUGUGCAACAGCGAGUAUCGGAUCGGCCUCUUGGUCUCCAUCUUCUUUGCACUGGUGAGCUGGCCUCCACAACUGGCGGGCACUGCAGCGGUAUGCAUCAAUUACACAAAUUUCGCUGUCAAAUGGGUUGUAAUCAUCACAGCAGUGGCGAAAGGAGUGCAUACGGCCUUCUUUGUGGAGGCAGAGAGAACGUAUACAGCCUGGGCACCUGCUGGUAUGGUGCGGAUCGCCUGCAUGUUAAUGGGCUCCUACGCAAACACAGGAAUUAUGCCACAGCUUGCUGCCGACAUCGACAAGUCGCAGCAAGAGAGGGCAGCAAAGCUUUGCCCCAGCAUCGCAGUGGGUUUGCAGUUCUUUGUCUAUCUGGCUUUGGCUUACAGUGCUUAUUUCGGCCUUGGUAAUGCCAUUGGAACUGAUGUUUUCGCGAGCUACAACGAGCUCUAUCCGGAUUUCAUGACAAGCAUUCUGCAGGGGGGCCUGGCCCUUCUUGUUUGGCUUUCGUCGCCCCUAGUCAUCCUGCCAAUGAAAGCCCAAAUCUACGGGCUUCUGUCCCGUGGCGAGGCUGACCUUUCCAAGGCUCCCCCAAGCCUCCAGGUAGGUCUGACCUUCAUCCUCGCGCUCUCUGGGGCGAUGGCCCCCUGCAUAGUUGGCACCGAGGCAUUCACCAAGUUCCUAUUCUUUCUGGCCUGCACGUGCGGCAACUGGUUCAACUUCUUCCUCCCUGCCAUGGUUGUGCUGUACUGCCAGGUCUGGUCUCCGAAGCACACAGGAGACAAGAACCUGCCCAGGGUCCUCUGUGUUUGGCUCUUCUUCUUGGGUGGUUUAGGCCUCAUCGAUGCUGGGUUCCAAAUACUGGAAUCGCUCUCACCGAAGGACUCCUCUGCCAAGCUUCCUCUUCCCACCCGCUGCGCAGCAUGGAGGCACGCUGCAUACCCUGAUGGCAACGCCAUGGUCGUCUGA